GUUUCUGAAGAUUCUGAUUCUGGUUCUGCUAAUGUAGCUGUGGAGGCGAAUCAGAUGGACUUAACUGAUGAGAUAGACUACUGUCACAAUUCAGCAAAAUGAUGAGAGUGUCACGGAAAUAACUAAUUCCGUUCCAGUAAUAGCUAACUCUGUUCCAGAAAUAGCCGUCGAGUCAGAGAUCCUUCGGAAUGAUUCCUUGGAGCAUGUCAUGGAAGAUCUCUUCCACGUUGUUAGCCAAAAUAAGGAAAAAGCAAAUAAUAGUCAAGAAGAAAAGCAUUGGACGACUAUCAAAUCCUAUGAUCAAUCAUAUCCAGAUAGGAAAAGAUUCAUGGGUAUAUGUCUGCCUAUAACACCAAUUCUAAAUAAGAUAAGUGGUGGAUUUAACCCCUUAGAACCGCCCUAUGUUCGUUGCAUGUCAUGUGGUAGUAUCAUUCAGAAAAAUACUACCUCACACACGGAAGAUAUUGAGACAUAUUUAUAUUGUGAUCGAUGCUAUGAUGAUCAUAUUCGUCGAAAAAUUAUUUUUUAUGAAGGGUGUCCUUAUAAAUUUGAUAUUAAGGAAUUGUUGAGAGCUUCUGCUGAAGUUCUUGGAAAUACAAGUUAUGCAAUUACCUGCAAAAUCCUCUUGGAAAAUGGCGUAACAUUAGUUGUAAAGAAAUUAAAAGAUGUGAUGGUAAAGAAGAAAAUAUUUGAAGAGAAGAUAGAGAUUGUGCAAAGAAUUUCUCAGCACCCAAAUGUUCUGUCUCCUCUUGCCUGCUAUUAUUGUUCCAAUGGUGAAAAUCUACUGGUAUAUGACUACAUGGCAAAAGGAAGCUUUUUCGAGCUAUUGCAUGGGACAACCAAAGAUAAAGAGAACCCAUUAGAUUGGGAUUCAAGAAUGAAGAUUUUACUCGGAGUUGCCAAGGGUCUUGCUCAUAUCCACUCUCUCGAUGGAGGAACUUAUGUCCAUGGCAAUAUAAGAUCAUCCAACGUGCUUGUCACAAAUGAUCACCAAGGUUGCAUAUCAGAUCUUUCAAUGACUUAUUCACUAAGUAUCUCCUUCCCCCAAUUUAGAAACACGGGUUACCAAGACAGAGAUUUCCGUUUUGGAACAAAGAAAAAAGUGAAGGUACUGACCCAAAAAUGUGAUGUGUAUAGCUUUGGUGUUCUUCUUUUUGAGAUGCUAACAGGAAGAGUGCCAUCAGAGUAUAAUGAUGCUCUACCAUGGGAUGUUUACCUUGAUGUUAAGGACGGCAUUCCUGUGUUUGAUAGUGCCAUUGGUGAUAAUAUAAAGGAUGCUUGGAAGAUGAAGGAAUUGGCAGAUGAAUGUGCGUCACUAGUACCUAGUAAAAGUCCAUCCAUGGAUGAGGUUGUUAGGAGAAUGGAAAAAAUAAGAGCAUCCUAGGAAAUCCAAUAAAGGUAAGUUGUCUUGGCAUGAUCUUGGAAUAGUAGUUAUGUUUCAGUUCAUGUAGUCAUCAUGAAAUUAUUUCUUCCAAUAAUUUAAGUUAAUAGAAAGAGACAUAUGAAUAAACAUAAUCAACCUCAACUUUAAUUUAUUAUUGGAGUUAAGAGUCAUCAACCAAUCUCUAAUUGCAAUAUAAUUGCGAAAUAAUCUUUUGUCAACCAUAUCAAAAUAAUGCUUAUUUUUAUUGUGUUAAUUAUUUGGUCCAAAAUGUACAUACAUGAGGGAAGUUGUAAUUUUAGAUUAGGCAAAAAUCCCAGUAGAAGAGCCCAAGAACAAGCAACUCUCAAACUGAGAGAGUUACUUCACAUGAGUGUAAUUAAAAUCACUAAUGGUAACAUACAUAAUUACAUCUUCCGUAUGAAAUCUUAAACGAUGGAAUAUAACUUUUCCAUUAGAAAUAUGUGCAUGUCUUCGUCCAAAAAAGAAUAAAAAGAGUAAUGGAAAGAAUUUAUGAUGGAUUUAUAAAUUUGAAAAAAAUAAAAGUAGUAAGCAAAAUUUUAAAAGAAUUUGUAAUGCAUGUAUAUGUAACAAAUUGCCCACACUACUCAAACCAACUACCUGAAUAUGAUGAGACUAUGCCAUUUGAAAUAUAGUUCGUUCUCACCUACAACCACCUUUUGUAACUUAUUUGAGUAGACAAAUAAAUUAACUAUACUACCAAUCCAAAUUGAUUAUAUAUAUACAUGGCAUCAAUGUCAAAAACUGAACAACUUGAAGGGUUUUUUUUAGUCAGAGAACAACUAUAUUUUUGGUCAGGUGUCAGAGAACAACUUGAAGGUUCAAAAACAAAACAAGAAAAAGGAAAACUCUGCCCAGCCCAAUUCAUCAAUGAUAUCCAUUAAGUUGCUUAAGCCUUCAAGACCAAAUGCAAAAACAAGAAAAAGAGAAAAUAAAAUGGGGGUGUCUGAAUGGCAAAUGUGCUGACUGCAGUGUGACAUAGUCAUUCCACUGAAGCUUUAAAGUCAAGACAUCAUCAUGAAGCUUGCAACUUGCAAGCAACUUGCGGAUUUUAUGCCUAUUACAUUCAUGCCGUAAAGUUAAGCAACAUCCAUCCACAACAAAACCAGAGAGAGAGAGAGAGUCGCCACUCACCAGCCACCACCACAUGUCGCCGGAAAAUACCACAUCUGCCCACCUACCAGUUCUUUAUUUAUACUUGUUUUAUAUUUAAAUUAAUAUUUACUAAUUCUUUUCUAACUAAAAUAUUGGCAAUUAGUAUUUUUUUAUUAUUUUAUUUUGUUCAACAAUUUUUAACUUGUUUGUAAAUUUUUAAUUUUCUAUAGUGGGCUGAUGUACAUCUUUGAACCUGUCUUAAGAUAUUAUAAACCUUUAUA